GACAUUCCUCUGUGUGUGUUGUUCAGCGCAGGAUGACGGGGAUCCGGGAGUUUCCUCGGGAGAGUGUGUGUGUGUGAGGGAUCAUGGCCGGCAGAGUCGGGUUCCACUCGGAUCUGGUCACCGAUAUAGAGAGUCCCGCUGACGAAGAGGGGGUUCAUGACUCCUUCAGUCAGCUGAUCGAGGAACAGAGUCAGGACCAUCAUGAUGAGAUCGAGAUGACCUCACUGGAGCUGGAGGAGGAGAGCAGAGAUGACGUCAUGUGUCUGGAGAGUCCGGUGUACCUUCGGUGUGACAGUGAGGAGCCGCAGCAAACGGAGCCUUUGGUUGGAGGACGCUGGUCAUCUGACACGCUCAAAGUCCUGUCCUCCAUGCCCAGCCGCACCAUCGGCCGCAGUCGAGGCGCGAUCAUCUCUCAGUAUUAUAACCGGACCCUUCAGCUGCGCAGACGCAGACAGAGCCGGCCCUCGAUCCAGCACUUCCCGCGCUCCGCCAGACCCAGCAUCCGCGGACACCGCGUGGAGACCGACGCGGACGAGCACGAGGAGAACGACAAUAAGAGGGAGCGUUUAGUGAAUAAUCUGCAGAAUCUGUCGGCGAGUGAUCGUGUGCGAAUGUUGAGAGCGAUGCCACUGAGUCUCGCAGAGAAGAAAGAGCUCAGGAUGUUGGUGUUGAAUAAAGCCGAACACUCUCUGUCCCAGAAUCAGAUUCCCUGCUGCAGUCAGCUCAAGUAUUACAUCAUCAUCGCGGUGCGCCACGGCUGGUACGGCUGGCUGUCGUUCCUGUCCUCGCUCCAGCUGUGGCAAACGGCUCUGAAGUGUGUCGGCGGUCACUUCGGGACGGGCGUCCUGUCGUAUUUCCUCUUCCUCCGAACGCUCCUCUUCUUCAACGUCUUCCUGUUCCUGGUCACGGGUUUGUUCCUGGUGGUUCCUCAGGCCGUCGUGGUUCCGGACCGGGACCAGAACACCAGCGUCACGAGCUUGUGGGGGCUGGAGGUGCUGACGGGCGCCGGUUAUUUCUCAGACUCUCUGCUGUAUUACGGUUACUACAGUCAUCAAACACUACAAGCGAAACGCAGAUGCUCUGGAACGGGGAACGGGACGUCGUGUGAAUAUGGACUGUCCUAUAACAUGCCUCUGGUCUACUUCUUCACCAUCGGCGCUGCGUUCUUCAUCACCUGCAUCAUCCUCGUCUACACCAUGUCCAAGUCCUUCGGCCAGAGCUUUCGCAUCGAUAAAUCUAAAGGCCUGUUGGCCAUAAAGGUGUUCAGCUCGUGGGACUUUAAAGUCAGCAAGAAAAGCUCCGUCAGACUCCAGCGAGCGAACAUCGGCACACAGCUCAAGGAGCUGGUGGCAGAAGUGAACCGUGAGGAGCUGAAGUUCUCUGUUCUCCAGCGCUUGUUCCGGGUCUUCAUCCACAUGCUGGCGUGGCUCAUGUGUUUGGGAAGCACGCUGGCGUGUGUUCUGGCCGUCUUCUACUUCUCUGAACACAUGCACAAGUUGCAGAAAGCCGCUGAAGCGCGCUCGCGCACGGGACCGGGCUCGUCUGACGGGCUGCUGCUGAAGGAGGCGAGUCUGCUGGCCGUUCCCGUCCUCGUGUCCGGCAUCAACCUGAUCCUGCCGGGGUUCUUCAACGCCGUGGCCUGGAUGGAGGAGUACGAUUCUCCCAGCAUGCUCAACUACGUCUCCAUUGGCAGGAACCUGUUGUUGAAAGUGAGUGUGUUGGGAGUGCUGUGCCAUCAUUGGUUGGGUCGCGUGGCAUCAGACCCCAAGACGCUGGGCUUACAGUGCUGGGAGAGUUUCGUCGGUCAGGAACUGUACCGCUUCCUCCUGAUGGACUUCAUCUUCAUGUUGCUGGACACUUUCUUUGGAGAGUUUCUGUGGAGGUUGUUUUCUCAGAAAGCUCUGAAGAGGAAGAGGAAACCCGUGUUUGAUAUCGCGAGGAAUGUUCUGGAGCUCAUCUAUGGACAAACUCUGGCCUGGUUGGGCGUAUUGUUCUCUCCUCUCCUGCCUGUGGUUCAGAUUAUUAAACUGCUGUUUCUCUUCUACAUGAAAAAGGUCAGUCUGAUGAUGAACUGUCAGGCGUCGGGAAAGCCGUGGCGAGCCUCUCAGAUGACCACCAUCUUCAUCACACUCCUGUGCUUCCCGUCGUUCCUGGGCGCCUCCGUGUGUGUGACCUACACCAUGUGGACGGUGAAGCCGUCGGCCGGGUGCGGCCCGUUCCGGGGGCUGAACACCAUGUUCCAGGCCGGGAAGUUGUGGGUCCAGGAGCUGGCGGCGGAGAAUCCCAAUCUGUCCUGGCUGGCCUCGGCUCACGCGUACCUGGUGGAAAACCCUCUCUUCCUGUUCCUGUGCGCCGCCAUCUUCCUGAUAGUGAUUUACUUCCACAGUCAGGUGGUCGACGGUCAGCGGAAGAUCAUCGAACUCCUUCAGGAACAGAUUGAGAAUGAGGGCGGGGAUAAGAAGUUUCUGAUCACGCGGCUGCAGGACAUCCAUGAGCGCAAGCGUGUCGUUUCACCGCGCCGCGUACGAGGAGCCAGCGAGGACUCCAGUUAUUCGUGACACUCAUGAUGAACUGAAGGAGACGCUGAGCAGUUCCUGCUGAUGACCUCGUCUCUCU